CAUUAUCAGUCAAGUGCUGUCGCGUGCCCGAAACGGUUCCCCAUUCACUUUACGAAUCUCUCGCUCCCAACACACUCCACAAGAAGUAAUGCCAUCCUCCGAUGUUAUAAAUUUUGCGGCCUUUUUUUCGCUCUUCUAAACUCAAAAAGUCUCUCGACAACUCCACUUCUUGCGUUCAAUCGCAAAAGAAGAAAUCGAAAACCGGAAGUGAUUUUUUUAAAUCGACAAACUUUUCGCAAACAGAUAGAUUUUUUGCAAGUCUAUAAAAAUUCUAUCCAGGAAUCGAGAAUUCUUUCUUGAUUCCAAUCGAAAGAUUCACGCUUCGCCCUCUUCACCGUUUUUGAUUUCUUUAGCGAUCGGAAUUUCCCGGCUAAGCUUCGACACGCUGGCGCAAAUUCAUCGAAAUGUGUCUUCGUCUUCCUACAGAUUAAGGCUGACGGAAUUAGGAAGAUCGGACAACAAAUUAUCACAGAUUGAUCCUGCACUAAAUUUCCUGCUGAGGACGUAUGACCGAACCUUCCCUCUGCAGAGAGUAAGACAUGGUCGUUUUUCCGGCCUUGGCGAUUGAGCCUACGUUACUUAACGUCACAGAAUCGGAAGGCGAUGAUCAGCUAAUUUUUAACGGAAAACAAGUAGAUGGAAUAAACGCGGAAAACCGAAUUCAAAACCUUGUCUUCAAACCAUUUGUUGAAAUGACUUCUGGAAAGGAAAACUCCGGAGUGACGUUUACGGGAUUCAACGCCGAUGUUGAUUCUGUGAAGAUAAAUGUCCCGAAUGAUAACAUCAUAGCGGACAAUGCCAUCGUUCAAAAAGUAGCAGCGGGUUUAAUAACAUCAAAAGAUGACAAAAAGGAAAAAUCUAGUUCAAGUCCAGGAGGUGGUUCAUUAUCCAGUGGUAGUUCAAUAGUAACAAUAUCCUCCAUAACGAACUCUGACCCUGACCCCUUUUUUCCAAAUGGACUGGAUGGUCAUCCCGAAAAAAAGCAUAGUAGCUUAAAUGAAAAAUGGCAACACACAACUCUUCAAGUUUCUGUUCCGUUUUUUAUUGCUGGUAUAGGAACAAUUGGUGCUGGACUGGUACUUGCAGAAGUUCAAAAUUGGCCUGUCUUCAGGGAUAUUUCACAACUGUUUAUUCUCGUACCAGCUCUUUUAGGACUGAAAGGAAAUUUGGACAUGUGCCUCGCAUCUCGUCUCAGUACCCAAGCAAAUUUAGGCAACAUGUCUUCCUGUAGAGAGAUAAUAAAAAUGAUUGUUGGAAAUAUAGCUCUCGUUCAAAUUCAAGCAAUCGUUGCUGCAUCAUUAGUUGCUAUUUUUGCAAUUUCGGUAUCAGCGGCAGAUGGAAAAUUUGCAUGGAAUCAUUCUCUCUUAAUGAUUGCUGCAAGUGUUUGCACUGCAACAAGUUCCUGCUUCAUUUUGGAUUUUGUCAUGAUUGCUGUCAUUAUGGCGUCUCAUCGAUGCAAAAUGAAUCCAGAUAAUUUGGCAACACCAUUAGCAGCUUCUAUUGGUGAUGUUGUUUCCAUAAGUGUCUUGUCUACUAUUGCAUCUGUUUUCUUCGUUAAGUUGAAAUCGGACAUUUGGAUUUUAUAUCUCGUACUUGCAUGUUACUUAAUUCUUUUGCCGAUAUGGGUUUCUAUAGUCCUUCAUAAUAAAUACACAAAAAAAGUUCUCACUUCUGGAUGGGUACCAGUAAUAUCAGCUUUGUUCAUCAGCGGACUGGGUGGACUUGUUUUGGACCAUGCUGUAGAUGUUCUCAAAGGUUUCGUGAUAUUCCAACCGAUCAUCAAUGGAAUUGGUGGAAAUCUAGUUUCAGUGCAAGCUUCAAGAAUUUCAACAAUGUUACAUCAAACUUCCCUUCUGGGAAUAAUUCCACCUCACACAAAACAAUGGGUUUCACCCUGGAAAGCACUUUUUAAUGGAGUGCCUUCAGCAAAUACAGCGAGACUGCUCAUUGGCAUGUCAAUCCCAGGUCAUAUGGUGUUUAUAUUUGCAGCUGAUUAUUUCAAACAUGGAUAUUCUACAAUCACUGUUCACUUUGCUUUUUCUUAUCUUUUGGUUGCCUGUCUACAGGUAAUGCUUCUUCUCUACGUAGCCCAUUUAAUCGUCCAUGCAAUGUGGCGGUACAAAAUUGAUCCUGACAAUUCAGCAAUUCCAUAUCUGACAGCUUUGGGUGACCUUUCCGGUUCCAUUUUACUUGGAGGGGCAAUGUACAUCCUUUUGGUUGUAGGCAAGGAAUACCAAGGUUGAUGGAAGUUAAAACGAAUUCUCAAUUGAGAGAAAUCGAAUAUACAGCUUGCAGAAUAGUAGAAUUUAAAACGUCCUGAAGAGAUUUCUAUUUCACCGCAUAGGUAGCACUGUGAUGAAACACGUUCCUGCCGAGAGCUUUUUUGCAGCUUCUCAGAAAUCUAAUGGCGUUCAAUUAUUCUUUACCGAGUGCCAGAUGCUAGUCCACUUAUUUUAAUACCCAACACCGAAUAAUAAUGAAGUUAAUACUUCUACUAUUAUACAUGAAAAUGAUCGUAAUAAACAAAUUCUAAAACUUAAAACAAACAAAAAUGUAAUAUUUUUCAUCUGAGAAAAUGUUCUUUAAAGGCUUAGAGUCUUUGAAACAUUAGAUAAGUCUCAAGGUUUCAUAUCAGGAAUAUUGUAAAACUAUGAGAUAGUGGAUUUAUUGUUGUUCUGCAUAAUACGAGAAAAACACAAAAGCUUUCAUUACCAUUGCUAUGUAAACUUGAUCUGUAUUCUUCGUUAUAUAUUAAUGUAAAAACAAGUUUUAGGAUUUAAUGAAAUGUGAGGUAUCUCAGUCACUUUAUUGACAAUUGCCUGUUAAUUGCUUUUAAUUCUUGAUUUGUAUAUUACUU